AUGCAAUUCGCCUUUGUCACGUACGGCGGGGAUGACAAGCAGACACCUGCUGACAGGUCACAGGUCCGCAGCCACUGCAUGAAGGGCCGGAACAAGCGCGAGGGAUCACGCCGCUCUAACCGGGAAGCUAGGCGGGCAGCGAAGCAAUUCAGUACAAAUGUUGAAAUGAGCGCUGUCCCUGUAAUCAAGUGCCGAUCAAGUUUAGCUAUAUCUCAAGGAGGAAAUGCGUCCAUUUCUACGACGGUCCCGCGGCGGGUAAAGCAAAGGUCAGCGCCGCCAGACGAGGGCCCGUGGGAUCGUCUUCCUCAGGCACCUCGAGGCUUUGUCUUUGGACCGGUCGUCGAUGAAUUUGCGAAUGCGGUCGGCCAGAUGCCCGAGUCGCUGAUGCGACAGUUUAUGGCUUUCAAUCGUAUCACCGAAGCCUCGUACCCUCUCGUCGAGAUUGCGGUCGACUUCAACGACGAUGUAGGCUUUGGCUCCAUCUGGCCGUCUUUUGACAAGUCGUUCCUUCACACCAUUCUCUUUAUCAACUCAGCUGUCAACGACUGGGCGCAAAAUCUGCCGCUAGCCAAGUCGUCGCAGUUCCACUUGGGGAGAACGCUAACGCUGCUCAACAAAAAGCUGGCAACGGGGGCCUCGCACCUAGAUGACACGACUAUCUACACCGUAAUGCUCCUGGCAAUUGUCUCUAGCACCAGUGGCGACUACGACGCCAGUAAUGCGCAUAUGGCGGGCCUACAACGGCUUGUAGAGAUGCGAGGCAGCCACGGGUACCUUUGGGUGAACCCCGUCACCCAGUUCAAGCUCGAGUGCCUGGACCUGAUGUGGUGCCUCACAGCAGGAGGGGCGCCACUGUUUCUCAAGGGCCCCGUGUCGUGGGACCCGGCCUUUACGCGCCCGUCGCCAUCAGUCGAUGUCGAGCUGUAUCUGGCUCUAUCUCAGGCGUUCAUGGACCCCAGGCUCAUCAUUGCCUUUCAGGACUUGCAGCGGCUGACAGAGCUGAUCAACGUACAUGCAGACAGCAAUAUGCGACUCAAUGCGAGCGAGUUCCAGCCAGUUCUCAGCUCCAUUCAGACUCGCCUGCUGCACCUCAAGAACCUGCUGGUUGAUAUGCCUGGCGAAUGGCUAUGUCUGGGCAUGCUGGCCUUUCUCGCGACAAUGUUCCGGGUGCCAGGACGGCAGGUAGCUUACAAGCAUCUAGCGGACCGCCUCCGACGCGCAUGCAGAACUCUUGUGCCGUCGGCAUCCUCACCAAUAUCGCAGUCGAUGUCAGCACCGUCAACAAAUUCAGGCCUGCGAUCCAUCUUGCGCUGGCUGGCAAUUGUCUGCGGCGCGACUGUCUUUGGCACUAGUGAGCGGUGGCUUCAAGAGCUCUGGGACAGCAUCGCGGAGCCAAACUUGUUGUGGGCAGAGACACGAACAGAGCUCAAGCAGGUCAUGUGGAUCGGGUGCAUUCAAGACGAGAGAGGGCGACGGAUCUUUGCCGCUUUGGAGCUUAGCAGGUAA